GAAAGAUUAAUAUUGAAUUGCGAUAAUAAAAGAAAACUCGAGAGAAAGUAAAACUAAGUAAAAAAAGAAUUACAUUUACGAUUUUGAAUCUUUUAUUCGCUUUCUUCUUAGCAUUGCAUGUUAUUACAUUAGAUUUUGCUGUCAAGAGUGAAAACAGAUAAAACAUGGAUUGUGUGAUACAAUAAACAGAGGCAAAUCUUCAUAACAAUGCGUCAGAAAGAGGAGCGUGGCAAUCUCUAAAUCUCGCAUCCAAAUGAAUUCUAUUCCACAGCUAUAAACAUUAGAUCCAACCGAGUGGGAAACAGAUAAAACUUGCAGCACAAUACACUUGAUACAUUUCGUGAAAUCUCCAAAUAAACGGAUAACAAUAUACAAUAAAAAAUCCUUAAUAAUUCAAUGUUAAAUAUCCCCCUUGCUCCGUGCAUCAACCGUCUCGUCUCACGGCAACGUUCAUAAAUUCCCGUGAGAUGUCGGUGUGAAACGUGAUAGUAAUAUUUCGUAGGCAAGAUGAAUUAAAAGGAAGGAAGCCGCAGGAACUUGCACCCGGAGCAUCUAACGUGAUCGUGCGUUUGGAGCGGAUGCCCGCGAAGAGAAGCCGGCCGGCAGCGGGGGAGGGGGCACGGCGCGUGGAGCUGCGCGGGUCACGGCUGUCACUUGUCAGUCCGCCGCGAGCGCUCGCGUAGUGAGGGUCGUGUCGUUCUCAUCUCGCUCGUCUUGUGUAUGUGUGCCCGCGUGAGCCCGUAUUUUUCGCGAAUAUUCACAUUAAUGUCACGAUCGCGACGUCCCGGUCAAGUCGUGCCGCCGCGACCCGUCGCGGUGUUCACACCGCCGAUACCCGCGUGAUUCCCGAAUUUCGAAUCUCCGGUGCGCGGCGUAAUUUCGUCGCGGGCGCGCGUGUCGCCGAAUUCGCUAUCCGACGUUCUCGUCUCCCGGAGAUCUUGCCUCUCGCGUACGGGUUUCCGCGUUCCCGGGAAAUCGUCGGCCCGUGCUUUUCAUUCGCAUCGCCGGCUGUUUGCCGAUGAGUGUGCGCGCGGAGUGAGGAAAGCGUGUGCUCGUCAAGUGUGGUCUGUAUGCUCUUUGGAUUACUGGAAGCGAGGUCCGGCGAGAAGUUAACCGCUGAAGAGUUCGAACCUGCAACGCUCCGAAACGCAGGGAUGGACGACCACGAGAUCCAAUCCACGGUGGAGUCUAUACUCGGGCCCGGUGUCAAGGUUGUAGACUGCGAGAAAAAGUCUUGCGUGAGAGAGGAGGAAGUCCUGCUGAUAAACGGUGUACCGAUCCCCCUGGAGGGGCCGGACGGAGUCGCUAUACGAGAAGCCAUGAUAACUGGCCAGGUCCCACCGUGCGAUCUUCUCAACCAGAUUCUCGUCAAGGCUGGGAUUCUAAGGGCCCCGGUGCGACUCGAGACAUCCUUGAGCGUGAAAUCGUCCAUCGUGACGAAGGAAGAGGUCACCGUCGCUCGUGGUGGUAAGGUCGUUGACGAGAGGAGUCGCGAGACCAAGGAGAAUAAUUAUUACGCGUCGUCGACCAGCGAGAUAUGGGAGCCGGUGGGAAUCAUCCAUCGGCCGCGGAACAUUAAGCCAUUCGACAGCUCGGACGACUCCAGGCCAAACUCGAACGCCAGCUCGGACCAAGGCUACACAACCAACACCAGCAGCAAUCACGUCCUGAGAGAGCGAGGCGGCGCCUCCACCGCGGGAUGCCCCAUCUGCGAGGACAACGAUCCCGAAUGCGCCAGGAGAUGCCUGGCAGGACUCACUGGCCUCGGAAGGGAGAAAGUUCCUGGUGUUCGGACAACAACGUCGGCGGUAAGCUAAAAAUCUUGAGAUCGACAAUCUUUCGACGGGCGCGAGGGGAAAUCCGAAUCUUUAGUCGAAAAAUCUGCAGAAGUACGUUCGGAAACAUGAAGGUUCAUUUAUGCUGACGAGUUAUUUUGGAAAUCUAAUAUUCGAGAAGAAUUGCUUAAUCUGACAGGUAUCUUUUCGCCGAAGAAAUUCUUUCACAUUCUCAUUCCUCAAAGUUUUUAUUCCUUUUCCAUUUUGCGUUCAUUCUUACCAAGCACACCGAUGUAGACAAGAUGUUCUUUCUACUAAUGGUAAACUACAUUGCAUUCUUUGCAAGGAAAUAGAAGAUUCCUUUCUUGAAACGAGAUCGUAAGAGAUCAUCAUGUAAGCUUUGCAUACUUUGAUAUCCACUCUUGUGUGCUCCCAUCAUUAUUUCCUCUAUUCCAUCGUUUUCCUCGCAGAAUUUAAUGGGGGUUGAUGCACUUGGAUCAUUUUGCAUCUCUAAUAAUUCUUAGUCGUUUUACUUCGUGGAUAUUUUAUACAAUGAUGCAAGCACUUAAUAUCCUUCCUUAAAAGCAUGGAACUUUAUGAUCGCUCAAGCGCACGUGGUAAAAAGCUCUUUUAGAAUAAUAACGCCGUUGUUACGAAAAACUCAAUGCACUCGUUUGUCAUCUGGGGUACGUGACUUAAUGACCAGGUUUUUCCGUUAAAAUUCAGACGCGAGUCGAUGGUAGGUAAAAAGUAGGUGGCUAAUAGAGAGAGCUAGUUCGCGUCUCGGUAUUAUCAGUAGCUAUGCAAGUGAUAAUGUAUCGAUAUAAUCGUAAUAAUAUAUCUAGGAAUUUUCUGUUGCAUCACUUUAAUUUCUUAAAGAAUUGAUUUCUUUUGUGUCUUCUUUUAUUAUUUUUGAAAAAUGUAAUUCUUUUAUUUAUCAUGAUUUUACAAAAGUUCUCAAAUUUGUUCUUUUUAUUAGGAACAUAUGUUUUCCAGAUUUUGAAGUAAGAUAUUCGUGCAUGUUUAUAAAAUUAAAUUAACUAAUUAUAAAAUUUAGCUGACGUAUUAUUUUUGCAUUGUGUAUAUUUCUUUUUCAGUCGGUAAGCCGUCUUCAAGUAUACAUAUAGUAUGCAACAGCUUCAGUUUAGUAUGCAGAGAUCUGUUUUAUCUUCUGCAGUUCUCAUAGCAUCACUAGCUAUAGAUGAUACAGUGCCAGUUGCUGAUAAAACAGUCUUUGGUUAUUUCCUUUCUCUACCUUCAACAGAUAAGUUAGAAACUGCUUUUUCAAUAAUCGUUAAGUAAGGGCUUAUCUAUAUUUAUAAUUGGAAAUUUAGAUAUGUUAAAAUAUUGUUUAUUUUAUACUAUACAUCUAUCUUUCAAGUAUAUUUGCAAAAAAUAGCUAAACAUUGCAUCAACUAAAAAGAAACAAAAAAAGAAUUGCAUUUAUAUUUUUAAAGAGCAUUAUCAUUUUUAUUUUAUUAUAUCUUUUAUUUUUACUAAUAUCUAUAUUUAUUAGGCUGUAUAAUUAGGAUAUGAAUCUUAAGCUAUUAUAGGAUAGCGUUAAGUUAUUUUAAUAUGACUCAUUAUGUUUUACAUUUCAUUAUCUUCAGUUACACUUUGCACUAGUUCUUCCAAUAUUUUAUUUUUUAUUCACUGAAUGUACAUGUUGUUUCACUCAUCUGUAAAUCGUACAUCAUAUUAUUAUUGGUUCUUUCAACGACAUGUCUAAGUUAAGCAUAUUACGAAAACACGUGACAGCUCUCGAACUUUGAACUGUCAGAAACAUGACAGUAGUUGAAACGUGAUCAGCCUAGUCGGCGACCUUAUAUAGGAACUUCAUUUGGUCUUCAGAUUCGUGCAGCAUACCCAUUCUGACAACUUGACAUUCCUUACAUUUCUUUUUGAGAUACGUGCUCGUGUCAUGAUACUGUCGCAUAAACAGAUACAUACUGAGAUAUUCAUCUUAUUGAUCUUUCUCUCAGCCAUUUACAAGAGCUGUUAUAUUUUGACUUUUUCUCUGUCUCCCUCUUUCGUACAUUUUCAACUAACUUUUUUACACAUGAUCAAAUUGAGAACUAUGUCAAAAAAUCGAAGUAAUAGAAACUGUAAAACUAAAAUAAUGCUAAUUUUUGAAAACCUGCGUGCAUACACUUUGAAUAAAUGUACGUAUUUUUUCAAUCGUCGCACGAACGAUGUUCGGACAAAUUUACGGUAGGACAGUUAGAUUGGUAAGCGAAUAACGCACUUGUUACACGACGAGAGCCGGGCCAGACUAUUGGCAUACACGUCGGCGUUUGCACGGUCUUUAUAGGCACACGUUGUCUGUGGUGAAACGAGAGGAAAAUCAUCGGUCGUCGGGCUUACGACGUCGAUUGUCGAUUGCCGGUACGUUCGCGGAUUUUCGCGCGGUUCAGUACCGAUGCAACGGCGUCAACGGUCGGUUGGCAACGGGACGCUUGCGUCCGGGACGUGCGGGAAAUGGGAAUGAGAAAACCGAUCGAUAAAUCCAAUUAAAUUUUGUUACGCCCUUGCCAGGUAGUACCGGCAACAGCAACGAUAGAGCGGUGGUGACCACAACGGCCUGACAUCCGCCAAAUUGCAUUUUAUGCGCGAACGUCGAUCUCUAGCUCACAAGACCAUCUUUUGGCUAUAGAAAGCUGCGACUGAAGGGAAUUUUCGUGUCACGCCAACGAACCUCGCAUGAUUUUUUGCAUGAAUUUGUGGAGAACUUGGUGACAUGUAAUAACUAACUUUUGUAUUUUAUAUUUUACGAGAUACAAAUAAUCGUCACUAUAUGAUUAUUAUUUUAUAUAAUAACGAAAAACUUGAAUUGAACAGAUAAUUUUCGAUCCGCCUUUAAAUGCUUGUUAAUUAAAAGUUAGUAAAGAUAUGAAUAAUAGUAGUAAAGAUAUGAAUAAUGCAUAGAUACGCAGCAAACGCAUCCUAAAACAAUGAACACUAAAUGAGUCGUUACAAAUAUUAUCACUACGACAGGUAAUAUCUCACUUUAUGAUUGAACUGGUCAUGAUAGAGUAGCCACAACAGUAAAUGGCCAUGUCGAUAGUCUAUUGUAAUUGGAUUUGAAAUUGCCGUCGACAUGUCACUUAUUUUUUCGCGUAUUCUCCCAUCGACAUUUGCUGCGAUUAUCCCGCUAGCGUUGGGAUCACGUUUUCAUCAAAACGCACCGUGUCAAUGAUCCGACAAAGUAAUUCGAUAACCGAACCACUCGCGUCCAGUUGUAUCGUAUAUUCACACAUUUACAUAAUAUUCUGUGUUUGCGCGCGAAAUGAGCUUUCUAUUUGCAUGAACACACAAAUUACAGCGUCGAACGGACCACGCUGUCAAGUGGUCAAAACACAUCGUGUACCCUGCACUUACAUCCUGCCAAGAGCCCUGCGAUCGAUACUUCCGGCGCCCUUCGGAACGCCGCUGAUCGAUACGUUCGUACAUUCGUUAGGGCAAAUGGAUCGGUGCUGAAUCCAUCUUGACCACGGACAUCUUGCACGUCUAUCGACAAGCGUUGUCGGUGUCCGUCUGUCUGUCUGUCGUUCCUCUUCGCCGCCAGCUCUGACCACCCGGAUUCCGUUUCUCCCGUACUAUUAAUACGCGUUUCCGCGUCCAGCGCGUUUCUGGGAGCUACCAGAAACGCUAGCCAAAACUAGAAACCAGUGGCCGCCCGUGUCUCGUUCAAGGUGGAAUUUCCACCUCGGUUCUCCAAGCUCGCGUUUUCCCUCGCGAACUCGGUGACGGUGAUCGACCGGCGAUCAAACGAGAUACGAAACCCUGCCAUCCGUCUCCGCCGCCGAGUGAACUUUCAAAUGUCGACAGAGAUAGAGAGAGACAGAGAGAGAGAGAGCUUUUCUCUUCGAUGUCACCGACGAUUCUCCGAGAUGGAUGCCUGGGGACGACUUCAUCGUUGAAAACGGCUCGCAGCGUCGCGUCGUUGAUACGAAACGGCGCAGACGGGUCGUUGCGAUUUAAUCGGUCUUAAUCCUUAACUGGCACGGUCUGGCUCGUUCAUCCCCAACGCGUCGAUCUUUUGUCCGCUCAGUUAACAAGCACGUCAGUAGAGACGAGUCUUAACUCUCCAAAAUGCGAGAUAUAUGCGAGUGCAAAGAGCGACUCUUCAUUUGUCAGAAAUGCAUGAGUAAUUACGAAAAUUAUGUUAUUUUUUUUAUUUCGCCUCGUACUGUAUUUUUGCUGCCUGCGUAACUGGUUACGCGGAAAGGAGUUUACGUGAAACGUGAUAAAUGUGCAUGGUCGGCAAAUGUACAUGAUAAUUUAUCAGUUUCAACAAUUUACAUGCGUCAAGUAUAAAAUGAAAAAAUAAGAUGCACUAGAAACUGCAAGUUCCAAUGAAAUUUCGCGUGAUUAUCCGAUUUCGCAAACUAACAUUUACGUAAUCUCAUAAACUUUGAAAUGGUGAUUGCUCGAUCGAAACUGGAGCAAAUUCGGUCCUUAGUUACCGUUCCUCUUUCACCGGUAACUCGGAGUCUUUAAUACCUGAUCAGCGCAAGCUUCAAAAUUCCGUGACUGUGCAACGCGAUUGCAUAGAGAGUUAGUUUUUCUGGAACGCAAAAA